CGCGUUUCCGAGAAGUGCGUGAGCGUGGAAAUGGUAGCAAGAUGGCGGCGUUAAAGGAGGAGCAGUGUUACGGUCUGUCUUGUGGAAGAGUGAGCAAUGGCAGCAAUAUCUCAGUCUUUCACGUUAAAUUUACUGACACUGCUUUGAAAACGCUGGAAGAAUAUCAGAGCAGUAAGGGUCUGUCUGCUCAACCACUAAUACGAUUCACUGAAAACCAAGGGCAAAUCUCAAUACCCCAGUCCCCGAGUCCGAGUGAUCUACGAACGUUUAUGUUCUAUCUGUCCAAUGUGGGGAGGGAUAAUCCCCAGGGCAGCUUCGACUGCAUCCAGCAGUACAUUACAAGUGAAGGGAGCAUACAGCUGGAUUGCCUGGGAGGGAUCCAGGAUAAAAUUACGGUGUGUGCCACAGACGACUCGUACCAGAAGGCCAAGCAGAGCAUGGCUCAGGCAGAGGAGGAGACACGCAGCCGUGCUGCCAUCGUCAUCAAGCCGGGUGGGAGAUAUGUGGGUAAACGGGUCCAGAUACGAAAACCAGCGAUGGCCCUUUCAGACGUGGCCCCAUCGCGGCGCUUCUCUCGUCCUGUACUCAUCUCCAGCAGCAUGAAAAAGAGUACAGUGCUGCCACGACCACUCAGGGAGCGCCUCAUCCACUUACUUGCCCUCAAACCCUACCGCAAGCCUGAGUUGCUGGUGCGUCUCAUAAAGGACGGCCUCUCUCCUCAGGAUAAGGACACUUUGGACAGCCUCCUGCAACAGGUGGCGAAUCUGAAUAGCAAGGACAACACCUUCACAUUGAAGGACUGUUUGUUUAAGGAGGUUCAGAAAAAUUGGCCUGGCUACACUGAGGUAGACCAGCAAAUUCUAAAGAGGAUCCUUGUACGGAAACUGUGCAAGGCUCAGAAUAGUGGUCUCCUGACCAGGGAGAAUCCAGUCAGCCCACACAAAGAACAGCCCAGUAGCUCUCCAUCUCAGAAAAGGACUACUGAAGAUUUUAUCGACCCCCUGGCAAGCAAAAAGUCCAGGAUAUCGCACCUGAUCAGCAAGGGAUCAGCACCCGUCAACGGCAAGUUGAACACUUCAAAUGGGAAGGACUCGUGCGGCUUAUCCAGUGCCCCGCUUCCACUACUGGAGCUAUCUCAGCAUCUUGAGCCUCUGUCAGACGUCAGCAAUGACUCAAGCCACAAUGGCCGGGACUGUGAAGCCCAGGAGGCAGCAGUGGCUGAGAGGCUUAACCAAACAGCCUUAACAGGAAGCUCUCUACACACGAAUACAGUGUUGGGUUCCACACCUUUGGGUUCCACACCUUUGGCACCCUGCAGCCUACAAGGAUCAAAAGACCGCAGCAAAUCGCCCUCGCUGCAUGGCAAGUCCAAGAAGUCCAAAAAACACAAAGGUAAAGACAAGUCCAGAAAGAGAGAUCCAGAGAAGGAGAAGAGGGAGAGGAAAGGAGAGGAGGAGGAUGGAUUGCAGCUGAAGAAAUUGUACAAUGUUACUUCAUGUCCAGACCUGAGAAUGAGGAGUAUUCCACAUAAAAGUGCAGAUCUGAAUGGAAUGAACAGCUCCAGUAUUCCUGCGUCCUCAUCUGUGGUGGCAGACUAUUUACUAAAAUACACUGAGAUUGGCUCCCAGGAGCAGCGUCAAAGCUAUAAGAAUGACUUUAACGCGGAGUAUAGUGAGUACCGGGGACUCCAUGCACGAAUAGAGGGUAUCACCCGGCAAUUCACUGUGCUGGACGCUGAGCUUAAACAGCUCCAACAAGGCACAGAUCAGUAUAAGACAAUCCACAAUCAAAUACUUCAAGAGUAUCGCAAAAUAAAAAAGACUAAUCCCAACUACAGCCAAGAGAGGAACCGCUGUGAAUAUCUCCACAACAAGUUGGCACAUAUAAAGAAACUUAUAGCAGAAUAUGAUCAGCAGCAACUUCAGCAUUGGCACUAAUCAUGUAGUGUUUUUCUCCUUUUACCGUCUGGAAACAAGACAGUGAAACAGAAACUCUGGAUUCGGGAGAGUUUUCUCCAUUUCUGUUUUCUGGCUUUCUCUAAAACAGCAAUUGCGUUAAUGAAAAAUGUAAUGAGAGCAUUCCUGCCCCCCAUAAACUGGGCCUACAGCUCUACUGAGGGCACUACAGGCAGUUAUCAGUUUUCUUUUUCCAUUUUUCCCCCCCAUUUUUGCAGGGGGUUGGGUGGGUGGUGUUUUACACUGCAUAUGGAAAAGUCUUCUGGGCAUUGGUUCCCUCUCUAAUAGCACAUAGGUCUCCCAAAGAACAGAAGACCUUGGAUUUUUUUCCCCCCUUGCUUUAUAAACUGGGGCAGGCAACACUGAAACUGGUUUCUCAAAGUUUCUUAUUUUGUUUAUUAAAGGAAAUUAAGAGAAAUAUCAUGUUUCCCUAUAUAUUGAAUGGAAGGUACUCAUAUUUAUUCUUUCGUCUUCCUGGGGGUUUAUACCAGAUCUGUUGUACACUCCUCAGUAUGAGCUCUAAACUUUUUUCCAAGGUUAAAAAAAAAAAGAAAAAAAAAACAACCUCUCACACACACAAAACAGUAUUUUAUGCAAAUUCUGCCUUUGGUUCCAGGUAGUCUAUAGUUUGCAGUUCAUUAAGUUUAUUCUCUGGCUUAUGCAGGGACUCUCCUGAAUAUCUCAAACCAAGCCAGUUUAGCCUGUUUUUACACUGUGUGUGAUUUAUUGUAUUGGUCUCUUCCAUGCAAUGGAUGUUGAUAUGCCUACAGGUGGGACAAUGGUGUCUGUGUAAAGGCUUUGACUGUAUGCUAUUGACUUUAAUUUCUGGCUUGAUGGAUCCUGCUAUGCCAAAGGUGGUUGUUUUCCUUAUUUAAGAGCCUGUGUGAUAGUCGGGUGCUACGAUUGCAGCCAUCUAUUUGUGCCCACCCUUCUAUUAUGAAGUUACCUAUUACUAUUUAAUAUGUGCAAAAGCAUUACACCAGCCUCGAUGGACUUGGUUUUCAAGUCAUGUUUAUCAGGUAAAUUAUAUACAAGAUCACUCAAAUAUGGCUGUAUCCCUUUAAAGUAUCAAGAAUGCGUGCACAUGGAGAGAUCCAGAGAGUAUGAGCUGGAUAUGUGCUGUAUCGUAUUUUUAUUUGCCAGUCCUUUUGGUCAUGUAGAGCUUUAGACCAACUGCAGUUUGGAGGAAUGUGUAUGAAGACGGGGUCCCCCCCCCAAUCAUAAUUCACACCAUGCAGUUAUGUAACUGACCUUUUAAGUGCCAGCAUUUUGAGAUGACUGCUAACCCAUAAUGCAGGAUCAGUCUGAGUAUUUGUCAUCCUGAGUGUUCACUUUUCAAUUGCAUCUACAUAGUCAGACCAGUCACAACUCCUAUUAUGUCUGUAAAGAUGUUAAGAAUGAUUUUAAAAUUGACAGCUGUCUAGAAAUAGUUCAACUGUUCAAUCUUAUCAGAAGAUCCUUUCUGAUAUUGAGCUUUUUAUGUUUAAAUAUUAAAAUUUCUGCACUUUGCACAGCCUCUUGCUGUUACUCUUACCUGGGUUUUGCUGCAAGGAGACAUUUGUCCUGUCCAUCUUAGUGCAUGCUUUUGUGAAAUGUGUUCAGGAAAAAAAGACCAGAACUUGUACAAUAGUUUUGUUACUACUGUAGAAGGGUAUUCCAAUUCUAAUAAAACCUGAUGAGAUGCA